UUUGUUUGGGAAGUGGCAAGAGUGCAGAAAACGUGCCCUAAAGUGCCUGAAAACCUCUUGAAGAUGUUCAAGAACACCUUCCAAUCGGGUUUCCUGUCCAUCCUCUACAGCAUUGGGAGCAAACCCCUGCAGAUCUGGGACAAGAAGGUGCGAAAUGGCCACAUAAAGCGCAUCACUGAUGGAGACAUUCAGAGUCUCGUGCUGGAAAUUCUGGGAACAAAUGUCAGUACCACGUACAUAACGUGUCCGGCAGAUCCCAAGAAGACUCUGGGCAUUAAAUUGCCGUUUCUGGUGAUGAUUAUCAAGAAUGUGCGGAAGUACUUUACAUUUGAAGUGCAGGUGCUGGACGAUAAGAAUGUGAGACGGAGAUUUAGGGCGAGCAACUACCAGUCAACGACCCGCGUCAAGCCAUUCAUUUGCACGAUGCCCAUGCGCCUGGAUGAAGGAUGGAAUCAGAUCCAGUUCAAUCUGUCGGAUUUCACGAGGAGAGCCUACGGGACGAACUAUGUGGAGACACUGAGGGUGCAGAUUCAUGCAAAUUGCCGGAUAAGGAGGGUGUAUUUCUCCGAUAGAUUGUACUCAGAGGAUGAACUUCCGUCGGAAUUCAAACUUUUCCUGCCCAUUCAGAAGCCAGCACCCAAACCACUGGCCCAGCAGGCCUGCUAAUCUCCACCAAAAAGACACUCUUCCUUUUAUCCUGCAAUAAAUCUAUUUAAUUUUUUCAGUCUGGAAGUGUGAGUAUCUCAUAGCCGGAAUCCGUUAUGACAAUUGUAUGUUCAAAUUGAGCGCUCCUGGCGCCAUCUACACUGACAGCUGUCCAAUUAUCCUCGAGAAUUUCCACUUCCGGACCUCCCAUUGAGAUCACCGGCUCCACCGUGAACACCAUUCCCGGCUUCAUAAAUCCACCUUCAGAAUUCUCUGCAAAAAAAAAUUAAUCACAAGAAUCACUUUUGCAUUUUUUAGUUAGAAAAAUUAAUAAAUUUCUUUAAAAAAAAUGUAUUUUACUGAAAUGAAGGACUUCCGGAGGUCCGUGGAAAUAUGAACCGAUCCCAUGGCCAAUAAAAGCUGGUAUCACGGUGAAUUUGUGCUCUCUGGCAUGAGAUUCAAUGGCUCUUCCAAUCCCUGAGAAUCUCUUGUUCGGGCCACAGGCUUCAAUCCCUUUCCGGAGACACUCUUCUGCCACUUUCACAAGCUCCUGACCAAGUUCAUCGACAUUUCCCACUAGAAAUGUCUUUGAGCAGUCCCCAUGGUGCCCUUGGUGGUACACAGUGAUGUCCACAUUGAUGAUGUCCCCAUCUUCAAGAGCCCUGUCAUCAGGAAUCCCAUGACAAGCAACAUUGUUCACGGAAGUACAGACGGAUUUAGGGAAUCCCCCAUAUCUCAGUGGGGAGGGAUAGGCAUUGGCUCUAACAACAGCUUCGUGGACAAACUCAUCGAUGUCAUCUGUUGUCCUGCCCACCUGAACAAUUCCCCCGCAAUCCUUCAAGAUAUUUGCCGCCAAUUUGCAACUGUCUCUCAUUCGAGCAAUAACUUCCUCGGAUUUAAUCUCCACCUCACCCAGGGUGGAUGAAGGCAUCUGAGGGGUCUUAUAGUACAAUGGGACAUUGAUAUGGCUAGGAAUCACGCGCUCUGGACUGACUUUUCCUGGAAAAACCGGGCUGAAUCUCCCCAAAUCUCUUCUGUGAUUCACAAGAAACGUCCAUUUUAACCGCAUCCCUUUUAAAAAUACAGAAAAUACCCUCCACUUAC